UGAGGUAGCCAGGAGGGAAGGGUCCUUCCGAGGAUGCCAUGCCGGGGCGUCCGGCGGAGCUCAGCCGGGGCUCCAGGGGCAGGAGCAGCUGCAGAGGCAAAGGCAAAGGCGGCGGUGGAGGCAGCGUCCGGGAGGAAGGCGAGCUGCUGCCGCCUCUGCUGCUCCUGAGGCGGAGGGACAUGUUGCUGCUGCAGCCGCCUCCUCCUCCUCCUCGUCCUCCGCUGCCUCUCCUUCUCCUUCUUCCCGGUGCCUUUGAGGAGGAGCAGAGCUCCCUUUGAAGAAAAAAUAGAAGACAUUUCCUCACCUUUGUUUGAACAGCAUGCAAAAUCAGCACAAUAUGGCACAGCGUAGCAUUGCCGUUGGAUUAUUCAUAAUAACUCUCUUAUCCUUGCUGGAUGACAGUUCAGCUUUCCUGUUAAAUCAGCGUCUGAAGGGAAGAUUUCAAAGGGACCGCCGAAACAUCCGUCCAAACAUCAUUCUUGUACUUACUGAUGAUCAGGAUGUAGAACUUGGUUCAAUGCAAGUAAUGAAUAAGACAAGGCGGAUCAUGGAACAGGGAGGUGCACACUUCAUCAAUGCCUUUGUGACAACACCAAUGUGCUGUCCAUCACGUUCCUCUAUUCUCACAGGGAAAUACGUCCACAAUCAUAACACUUACACCAACAAUGAAAACUGUUCUUCUCCGUCCUGGCAGGCCCAGCAUGAAAUCCGUACCUUUGCAGUGUACCUCAAUAACACAGGUUAUAGAACAGCUUUCUUUGGAAAAUACCUGAAUGAAUAUAAUGGUUCCUAUGUGCCUCCUGGCUGGAAAGAAUGGGUUGGCUUAUUGAAGAACUCUCGCUUUUACAACUACACACUCUGUAGAAAUGGAGUGAAGGAAAAGCAUGGAUUUGACUACUCUAGGGAUUAUCUGACCGACUUGAUCACCAAUGACAGUAUUAGCUUCUUCCGAAUUUCAAAGAAGAUGUAUCCCCACCGGCCAGUUUUGAUGGUUCUCAGUCAUGCAGCUCCUCAUGGCCCUGAAGACUCAGCACCUCAGUAUUCUCAUCUCUUCCCCAAUGCUUCUCAACACAUCACACCCAGUUAUAAUUAUGCUCCAAACCCAGACAAGCACUGGAUAAUGAGGUAUACUGGCCCCAUGAAACCCAUUCAUAUGGAAUUCACCAAUAUGCUACAGCAGAAGCGCCUUCAGACACUCAUGUCUGUGGAUGACUCUAUGGAGGCGAUUCACAAUACACUGGUGGAAACAGGUGAACUUGAUAAUACGUAUGUUAUAUAUACAGCAGACCAUGGCUAUCAUAUCGGUCAAUUUGGAUUGGUGAAAGGAAAAUCCAUGCCGUAUGAAUUUGACAUCAGAGUCCCAUUCUAUAUACGAGGUCCAAAUGUGGAAGCUGGAUCCUUGAAUCCACACAUUGUAUUGAACAUAGAUCUUGCUCCUACAAUUCUAGAUAUUGCUGGUCUGGAUAUACCCCCUGACAUGGAUGGGAAAUCCAUUCUAAAAUUACUGGAUUCCGAAAGACCAGUCAAUAGGUUCCAUUUGAAAAAGAAGGUGAAGGUCUGGAGGGACUCAUUCUUGGUGGAGAGAGGUAAACUGUUACACAAAAGAGAAAAUGAGAAAAUGGAUGCUCAAGAGGAAAAUUUCCUUCCCAAAUACCAACGGGUGAAAGAUCUUUGCCAGCGAGCUGAAUAUCAGACUGCUUGUGAACAGCUUGGGCAGAAAUGGCAGUGUGUGGAGGAUCCAAGUGGGAAGCUCAAACUGCACAAAUGCAAAGGGAUGGCCAGCCUUACAGCUCCGGGAAGCAGCAAGAGUCUCUCAAACCUACUGCCCAAGUACUACAGCAAGAACAGUGAGGACUGCAACUGUGAGGAGAAUGAAUACAAGCUGAGUCCUAGUGGACGUCGAAAGAAGCUCUUCUCCAAAAAGAAAUAUAAAGCAAGCUAUAUUCGGAGCCGCUCAAUUCGCUCAGUAUCUGUAGAACUUGAUGGAGAAGUGUUUAACUUAGAUUUAGAGGAUGGCUACCAGCCUGUAUUACCCAUGAAUGUCACAAAUGAGUACAAAGAUGAUAAAGGAGGUGAUGAUGACGAGGAUAAAGAUACUCUGGAAUACAGUGGUGCCGGCAGCAUUUCUGAGAAUGCAGCCCCCAACUUAAUAAAAGUGACACACAGGUGCUACAUUUUAGAGAAUGACACCGUUCAAUGUGACACAGAUCUGUACAAGUCACUGCAAGCAUGGAAGGACCAUAAACUUCAUAUAGAUCAUGAGAUUGAAACUCUACAAAAUAAAAUUAAAAACCUGAGGGAAGUAAGAGGUCAUUUAAAGAAGAAGAGACCAGAAGAAUGUGAUUGUAACAAGAUAAGCUUCCAUGCUAAACAUAAAGGCAAACUGAGGCACAAAGGAUCUGGUCUCCAUCCUUUUAAGAAAACCCUGCAAGAGAAGGAUAAAUUGUGGCUCCUCCGAGAACAGAGGCGAAAGAAGAAGCUGCGGAAACUGCUCAAGAGGAUCAAAAACAAUGACACAUGUAGUAUGCCAGGCCUGACGUGCUUCACGCAUGACAACCAGCAUUGGCAAACUGCUCCUUUGUGGACAUUGGGUCCUUUUUGUGCCUGUACCAGCGCAAACAACAACACAUACUGGUGCAUGAGGACAAUCAAUGAGACACACAACUUCCUGUUCUGCGAAUUUGCUACUGGCUUCCUGGAAUACUUUGAUCUCAACACUGAUCCUUACCAGCUAGUUAAUGCAGUGAACACAUUAGACAGAGAUGUUCUCAAUCAACUACAUGUGCAGCUCAUGGAACUGAGAAGCUGUAAAGGAUAUAAGCAAUGCAACCCCAGGACUCGGAACAUGGAGCUGGGCCUUAAAGAUGGAAGCUAUGAGCAAUACAGGCAGUUUCAGCGUCGAAAGUGGCCAGAAAUGAAGAGGCCUUCAUCUUCCAAAUCAUUAGGACAACUUUGGGAAGGCUGGGAAGGCUAAAUUCCUGCAAUUGCUGGACCUCAAUGAGGAUAUAAACUGGCCAGAACUUGAAUCCUUGUACAGACUUAAUGAAAGUGUGUAUGAUUUCCGAUCAAAUUAUAAUGUUAGCCUGGAGGACUGGAUGAACUUUGAAGCUAAGGUAGAUAGGGUUUUUGCACUGUUAUGCAAUCAGAAUAGACACAGUGAUCGUCUGGGGACUACUGUCAUAGAGAAUAUGUAUCCUUUCUUGAAGCGUACCAGUUUACCUGCUUUUGCUUUGGAUUAUACCUCACUUGCUUCACAAUCUGUUUUAAUUCCACCAGUCACUGCAGCUACUAUUCCAAGAGAGAACGAAGCCAAAACCAAGGCUGACCUAAGGCACUUGGAACCCUAAGGGGCAAAUGCACACAAAAUCAUUUCAGUGGAAGCCAGUUUAUAGCUCUUCUGUGACUUCACCUCCAACUCCCAACUUCAAAUGACAUUAGAAGGGCAUCAUAUGAAAACACAAAUCUGGAUUAUUAUUUUUCCUAAUGGUAUAGGCACAUCAGCAUUGCUAGAAAAUGGUAAAAAAACAGCUACUGAUCUCAAGAGGAUAUUCCUAAGUGGGUGCACAUAAAAAGUCUUCUGGUGUUCAUCUAUCACAGAAGCCAAUUUACUCAUAGUUUACACAUCUACCUUGAGGCCAACAGGAGAAAAUAUAUCUUCACUCAGAGAAACCAGCUUUCCAGCAUGGUACUGUAAAUAUUCAGUGUCCUGUUUCAAAAGAAUCAAGUCCAAAAGAAUUUUGUUACUUAAAGUGUUGGCAUGCCCCAGUACCAUUUCUGAAAACUCACCUCAUUGCAUAAUAAAGUUUAAAAAUUUACCCAUUUUUAAAAGCACUGCAAAUUAAAAGCAGUUUCUGUAUGUCUUGAAUUUUAACGAAGUUGGAUUUGUAUUAAGUCUUUGUGAUUAUAUUGUAUGUCCAAAAACCAAAAUUACUACUAUAAAAGAAAGCACUUGUUUACUUUUA